GUAUUGAACUAUUAUAACUGGGUCUUGUAAUCUUGUUGUUCUUUUAUUGAGAAUAACAAGCAUCACACAUGCGUAAAUUACACGCAGUUGUGAUACGUUUCCGUAAAUGACCGCGUCUUUGUUCGUCACAUGUUAUUGGCCGUGUUCGAGAGCAUCAGAACAACUGCAUGCGACUGCCGACUGAAUGAUCUACAAAUCACCCUGCAUCAUAAAUAGCGACGUAUUAUUAUUUGUAGAUCAGUCAGGCAGUUACAAUUUACCCAUGAUGCAUUGGGGUUGUGAGCCUCUCGAACACGGCCAUUGUGGGAAGUGGUGGUGCUGAAGAGGCAACAACGAAGAUGGCGUGCUGUGGGAAUUGCUUAUGUUGUCACUGCUGCUGCAGGGAUGAAGAGACCCGAACACCCGAGGAACUGACUAUUCUUGGGGAAACUCAAGAUGAAGAGGAUGAGAUCCUUCCAAGGAAAGAUUAUGAGAGCCUGGAUUAUGACAGGUGCAUCAAUGAACCAUAUGUUGAAGUUCUGGAGGGGAUGAACAAUAAGAGAGCCAAAAGGUAUGAAGCUGUGAGGUGGAUGCUGGUGUUUGCCAUUGGAGUUUCAGUAGGCCUGGUGGGUGUUUUUGUGGACUUUUUUGUACGCCUUUUCACUCAGCUCAAAUUGAACUUGGUGGGAAAAUCUGUGGAGGAGUGCAGUGAGAAAGGRUGCCUGGCUCUUUCGCUUCUUGAGCUACUGGCCUUCAACAUGAUGUUCAUCUUCAUCGCCAGUGUGUUGGUCCUCAUUGAGCCUGUAGCUGCAGGCUCGGGAAUCCCUGAGAUCAAGAGCUACCUGAACGGAGUAAAGAUACCUGGAAUAGUCCGGCUACGGACUUUCGUCUGCAAGGCUAUCGGAGUCCUCUUUACCGUAUCCGGAGGUCUGUUUGUGGGGAAGGAGGGUCCAAUGAUCCACAGUGGAGCCAUCGUGGGAGCCGGACUCCCUCAGUUUCAGAGCAUCACUUUCAAGAAGAUCAACUUUYACUUCCCCUACUUCCGCAGUGACAGGGACAAGCGGGACUUUGUGUCGGCGGGGGCGGCGGCCGGGGUGGCGGCUGCGUUUGGGGCACCAAUAGGGGGCACCCUCUUCAGCUUGGAGGAGGGAUCCUCGUUCUGGAACCAGGCGCUCACCUGGAAAGUGCUCUUCUGCUCCAUGUCUGCUACGUUCACCCUCAACUUCUUCCGCUCGGGGAUCAACUACAACAAAUGGGGCUCGUUCCAGCUCCCUGGCCUGCUCAACUUUGGAGAGUUCAAGUGUUCAGACGGGGAUAAGAAGUGCCACCUGUGGACGGCGGUUGACCUGGCCUUCUUUGUCCUGAUGGGGGUGGCGGGAGGGCUGCUGGGGGCCUUCUUUAACUGUAUCAACAAGAGGCUGGCCAAGUACCGCAUGAGACACGUCCACCCCAAGGCCAAGUUUGUCAGGGUUCUAGAGAGUCUGCUGGUUGCCAUGGUGACCACGGUGGUGAUCUUUGUGGCAUCUAUGACAUUGGGUGAAUGUCGUGACUUGGCCUCCACAAUCACCAACAACAACACGACAGCUCUGGUGUCCCUCAACGAAGACGUCAUCAACUCUACAAUCCGCCAGUUCUUCUGCCCCAACAAGACGUACAACGACAUGGCCACUCUGUUCUUCAACCCUCAGGAGGUGGCCAUCCACCAGCUCUUCCACCAGGACGGUACGUUCAGCCCUGUGACGCUGAUUGUGUUCUUUGUGCUGUACUUUUUGUUGGCGUGCUGGACGUACGGCGUGUCGGUGCCCAGCGGCCUCUUUGUGCCCUCGCUGCUCUGUGGCGCCGCUUUCGGACGCCUGGUGGCCAACCUCCUCAAAAUCAACCUGGGGAUGGACAUCUACUCUGGGACCUUUGCUCUGAUUGGUGCAGCCGCCUUCCUGGGAGGUGUGGUCCGGAUGACCAUCAGCCUGACUGUCAUUCUCAUCGAAUCGACCAAUGAGAUCACCUACGGCUUGCCCAUUAUGAUAACCCUCAUGGUGGCCAAGUGGACGGGGGAUUUCUUCAAUAAGGGCAUCUAUGACAUCCACAUUCAUCUGAGAGGAGUGCCACUGCUGGAGUGGGAGACAGAGGUCGAGAUGGACAAACUGACGGCCAGUGACAUCAUGGAGCCCAACCUGACGUACGUGUACCCKCACACGCGCAUCCAGUCCCUGGUMAGCAUCCUGCGCACCACCGUCUACCAUGCCUUCCCCGUGGUCACCGAGAACAGGGACAACGAACGGGAGUUCAUGAAGGGCAACAUCCUCAUCAGCAACAACAUCCGCUUCAAGAAAGCAAGCGUGCUGACGCGGGCCGGGGAGCAGCGGCGGCGCUGCCAGUCCAUGAAGUCAUACCCGUCCAGUGAGCUGCGCAACGUGUGUGACGACCAGCUGGCGGCCGUGGUGCCUGCUAUGGAGGAGGGCCAGGACAUGCUGCAGCAGAUGCUGGAGAGGAGACAUGCACCCUACCCUAACCUGUACCCAGACCAGUCCCCUAGCGAGGAGUGGACCAUGGAGGAGCGCUUCCGACCUCUGACCUUCCACGGCAUCAUCCUGCGCUCUCAGCUGGUCAACCUGCUGAUCCGUGGCGUCUGCUACGCAGAGAACCAGUCGAGUGCCACGCAGCCGAGACUGUCGUACGCUGAGAUGACGGAGGACUACCCCCGUUUCCCAGACAUCCAUGACCUAGACUUGGCCCUUCUCAAUCCCCGCAUGAUAGUGGACGUCACCUCGUACAUGAACCCUUCCCCCUACACAGUGUCCCCAAACACACAUGUGUCCCAAGUGUUUAACCUGUUCAGGACCAUGGGCCUUCGACACCUGCCUGUGGUCAACGCAGUAGGAGAGAUUGUGGGAAUAAUCACACGACACAAUUUAACCCACGAGUUCCUCUUGGGGAAACUCAGACAGCAUUACAUCACCAUUUGAGCUCCAGAGUCCAGUCUUUAAAGCCGUCAAGAGUCGCCCACGUCUUGCAAUCCCUCCUUCAACUGGACCUGUACCAUACUUUUCCAUGUCUUAUCCAUUCCCCCACACCCACACUCAGUACGACACGAUGGGCACACACCUCUGUAACGAGAGGUUAAAGGAUUACUUUUGUCUGCUCCGGAGCCUCUACAGCCCAAGACUUCCCCCCCUGUAUCCCAAGUGUCCACGCUUUAUCAUCUUUAUCACUGUAACACUUUUGUUUUGACUUCUAACUGUACAUUUGAAUUGUAUGUUCUCUGUGUAUUUAAAUGUAUUAUACUAUAUAUUUGCGCAAAGAACAUUUCACUGUGCCGCCAGGGACGAUCAAAGUAGGCUUCUCCUGCAGUGUUAUCAAGAUGUCACAUUACGGACCAUUUCUAAUCAAGGCAUAUGUGUGGAGCUACAUUAACACAAAAAUACAGAAUUGCACUCGCAUAUGUUAAGCUUAACAGAGGACAGUUAAUCUCACAAAUAUUCAGGCAGCAAUGUUAUGGGUGUGUUUCGAAAGGACAGAGGAAGAUCGAGGAAUAUGGUGUAUGUCAAGACUGGAUAGAAUCGACCAAGGUUUUUUAGUUUUAGUUUUGCGUUAGAGGGUGUGGGACCAAGAAAAGGUCCCGCAUAUUUUCUAGACAGAAAAGGGUGGACAUUUGUUUGUCAGUAUUAAGUACCUCUGUAAAACCUUUGUGGAAAUGUUGCCGUUGUUCACCUUGUAGAUUCACAUUGCAGGUAACCAAUUGGGAAACCAAUAAUGUGGUGACUUUCUGGCUAGUUUUCCCAUCCAUGUAGGUUCUGUUGGUGGUACUUUAAAGGUAGAAUCCGCAAUAUGACAUUAUCACAGAACUCAAGAGAUGGUGUAAUGGUGCUUUCAAGACUGGGAACUCAGGAAAAAAARGAGGUCAAAUCAGGACGUCAGUYAUCUUCAGGUCGGAAAGUCGAGUCUCUAGAAAGAGGCCAGAGUUUCCGACUUGGAUGACCGUUCAAAACUAUUUUUCUAGGUUCCCAGUUGUCUUGUGCGCACUGAAGUCAGAGAUUUCCGAGUUCCCAGUUGUUUUGAACCCAGCAUAAAUUGGGAUAAGCCAGUAAUGGCUGUGCUAAGUUGAUUUGUGUAAGUAUGGCGUUUGCCCACUGUCUAUUAGGGGUGUAAUGGUUCACCAAACCCACGCUUCAGUACAUAUUGCGGUUUUGGGGUCAUGGUUCGGUCUCGGUACAGCGGGAAAAUUAAAUGCCAUUCACAAUCUUCCUGGCAUUGUCUGUUGUGACAGGAUUGUUAUGUUGGGUCUCAAGUUUCCACUCUGAUGCUGCGUUUGUAARCAUGUGGGAGGUGAGAAUUUACCAGUUUUGAAGUCAUAAAUAUCAGUUGGAUGCAUUCAUGUGAUUUGAUCUCGUUGAGAAACGCUGAUUGACUAAUGGCCAACAAGCUGCGUCAACCAUAAACUAAAAGUACAGCUAUCAUGCGUGUAAACAAAUUAUAGUUUCAAAACCUCAGUAAUAGAUGCUGUAAAUGCUGUUUUUUUAUUUUUAUUAAUGUUUUGUUGCAUUUAACUGCCAAAAAUGCUCUUAUAAGUGGCRAUUUUCGUCAUAGGUGACUACAGAGAUCACCAUCCAUGUGGGACAAGUGGUUGCUCAGGAUGAUCGACAAGUAAUUCAUUACCAGUUAGAGGGCCGUUCAAGUGGAUUUUUCCCAGUAGUAUGUGGUAAAUUCCCACUUCCCACUUGGUUAUGAACGCACCAUGACYCUGCCUCCUUCAGUGCCAGAUGCACACMUGUAGCUCUCAUAAAGGGGCCGUGUCUGUAGCACAGUACAUUUCCCACUCCAGGGUAAUGUGUCACUGUUAUGUGCAACACAGYGUGCAUUGGCCAAUUCAUUGAAAGCUUUGGCUUUCUUAUAUAGAGCGGGUGUACUACCUGUUUGCUGAAAUGGGUGCAAGAGGGAAGUUCAUAACAUGGCUCGAUCACUUUCACGGGGUGCUGAAACCCCCUAUUCUCAACUACAGAAUGGGUGCAUAUCCGUGGCUAUAAACCAAAGACUGUAAAAAAUUAAUAUAAACUUAGCCUACCUAUCGCUCUUGUAAUMUAUUUGUCCCGGUCAGAUUUAGCUGCUUGAAUUUAGAGGGGAGACAUUUCUUUGCGUUUCCGUCUUGCGCCAGUAUACUGGAGUGAUGUCGGCGUAAAUCUGCCAACAUAUUUGAGGUGUUGGCAGCUGCAUAGGUGACAUUGUUAUCCACAACUCUCUAUCCAUCGCGGUUGUAAUUUACUGGGAGGAAACCAACAUGUUCCCAAACUUGAGAUCUAAACGAUGAUGGAGGAUCCUCUAAUUCUGGUUUAUUGACCCCACCACUCGCCAUUGUACAGAACUAAUUAUUGGCUGCGCCUCACAAAAAAAUGUAAUCCGUCAAAUAAGAUUACAAUUAGUUACAAUGUGCACAUAGACUCUACUUGUUUUAACGGAAUAGCCUGAAAAAAAAAUGCAGAUCAGAUUUACUCGAGGCAUAGGCCUACAAUGCAGCAUAGGCAUAGCUUAUAGGCCUAGUGUUUUUAUGUUGUAAAUAAAAACAUUUUAAUGUAUUAAUUUGGGGUCACAGUGCGGACCGAACCGAGGUCCCUGUACRGAACGGUUUAUUACAAAUACAUGUACMGUUACACCCUUGCUGUGUAUGGUGAUGUUAUAUUGCAGAGUCUACCUUUUUAACAUGUGAUUAAACAUGAUGAUGAGGCCAGUGCAGCUUUUCUAUAAAUYGUAAAGAUGGAUGUAAAGUGAAUCAAUUAUGACAAACCAUGAUGGCACAUACAGUGCCUUCAGAAAGUAUUCACACUUCUUGACUUUUUCCAUACUUUGUUGUGUUACAGCCUGAAAUGU